AUGCUUUUCCCAGCCUUCCUCGCCGCUUCUGCCGCUACUCUGGUCGUUGCUUCCUAUGAAGACUCAGAGGGCAUAGCGCUUCGCAGUCUCACCGGCAUUGAGGAGAGAGAUGAGCUCCUUGGCGGUUUGGAGAGCCUCAAUAGUCGCAGCCUCUCAGUUCGGGCGAGGAGCACUAUAGCAAGAGAGGUCAUGACGGUCCUAGUGGACAUGGAGGUAGCCACUCCCAUGUAUCAGGAGGAGGCAAGAAGCAUCCGCAUAGCAGGAGAAGCAAUGAGGGCUCUAAGGGACAUGGAGGUAGCCACUCCCAUGUAUCAGGAGGAGGCAAGAAGCAUCCGCAUAGCAGGAGAAGCUAUUCCGGCCCCAAGGGACAUGGAGGUGGCCACUCCGGGCAUGGAGCAGAUAUCAGGGGGGGUCAUCAUCAUGGCAAGAGAGGCUAUGAGCUUUAGAGACAGAAAGGCAUAG